AUGAAUUCUAAAGCUAUUGAGGAGGACAAUUAAUAUUAAUUGCAAUUGAAAGAAUAAGAUAUUAAAAAAUAUAGAAAAGCAAACUAAAAGGCAAUUAAGGAAAUAAUUUUAUAGUAUGAUAAUAAUAUAUUAGAUUUCUAUUGA